UGUCACAAAAUAAUGAUUUGUUUGAUAAAAGUCUAUCCAACUUGGAAUGUUAUUUGUCAUAUUCAGAUCAUGUCUUUACUCCCAAUCUAAGUGAAUCAACACAUGUUUUUACUCCUUUAUCUGAAUCAGAAAACUGUACUCAUGAAUCAAAAGAUGAUACUUCCGUUCAUGAAACAGAAGAGAUGCAAGAAGUACUUGAUGCACUACUCGAACUUCAUGACUUUGAAAAGGAUGGCUCAUUUCCACAAGAAUACGAAGAAAACUAUCUUUCUAUUGUGAAUGCCAUGUGUGUCAAUGAAGAAUUACAGAAUCAAGUUAUAAAGCAAAUUGAAACUGUAGAUAAAAUGCUUGAAGCGAACCAAACACUCAUGAAAGAAGCAAGUCAUUGUGCUGUUAAAGAGAAUCGAUUUGGACAAAAGUUUACAAUACAUCAAGUCUAUGAUGACAACAUUAGUUAUUUUGACAAAAGCGAGUUAAUAGACCAAGAAGAAGAAGAGGACGAGGAUUAUAAUGAUCACCUUGUCGAUUUACAAUCUCAGGGAGAAGAAGAGGACGAGGAAGAACAGAGAGAUUAUGUAUCAAACCAAAGUCCAUUACAUCGUAAAGCGUGGUCUAAACAUGAACGAGAUAGACUGAUAGAAGCCAUCCAUUCAGAAGCAAAAAGAAUGAUCUCGUUUGAUUAUAUGAAAAAGAAUGAAGCAUGGCGUAUAUGGGAAGUAGAUCAAAUAGAAAAGAAACAAUUGGAGUUAUUCCCUGUAAGUCGUAUUGACUGGGAAAGAAUCAGCAGUAUUCAUGUUCGUACGCGUACGCCUACAGAAUGUCUAAUCCAAUGGACUACACAAGAACAUCCUUCCAUCAAUAAGAAGCCAUGGACAAAGCAAGAAUCAGAAAGACUUUCUCAACUGGUCGAUCAAAUGGGUCUUUUGAGUGGACAAUGGGAACGUAUUGCCAAUGAACUCGGUACCAACCGUACUAUAUCUCAAUGCUUUUCUCAUUAUAUGGCAGCCAAGAACAAUGCCAAUGCUCGUUCUUUAAAAUGGAAUCCCGAAGAGGAUAGAAAACUAGCAGAAGCUGUCAAGAUCUUUGGUGGCGCAUGUAAUUGGCAACAAAUUGCAUCUAUUUUAGGAGGACGUACAGGUCAGCAGUGUUUACAUCGAUGGACAAAGACAUUAAAUCCAGCCAUUCGACGCACACGAUGGACACCUGAAGAAAACGAAUUGUUAGAAAGAGCUGUCAAACUGUAUGGUGUAGGCAAUUGGACCAAAGUACAGCGACUGAUACCGGGAAGAACAGAUAUGCAAUGCCGAGAAAGAUGGGUGAAUAAUUGUCAUCCUACAUUAAAAUCAGAACCAGCUACUCAAGAAGAGAUUGAAUUGAUUGUCAAAUUAGUGCAAGAACAUGGUACAAAAUGGUCUUUGAUUGCAAGAUCCUUGCCUGGAAGAACAGAUAAUUUUGCUUUGAGAGCCUACAAUCAAUGGCUCAAAAAACAGAAUAACGAUGAACCCAAAAGGGCAAGAAAAUCAAAAGAAACCACAACACCUAAAAAAAGAGGAAGAAAACCCAAUCCAACCACACCAAAAAAGAGCAGAAAGCAAUCAACAUUGAAUCAAGAAAAAGAAGAAGCAACUAUAUCAAGUAGGCCAAGAAGGAAAACAGCCAAGUAUGCUUAAAAGCACCUUGUUGGCUGGUGGCUUAUGAACCGAAUUUUCAUACCUCUGAUUUUCUUUCUUUUUCUCUCUUCCUUUUUUUUCCCU